AUGACCAAAAAUUUCUUAUUCUUUCUAUUAUGGGUGGGGAUUUCAUUUGUGAUAUUUUCGCCCUCGGGUGUAACUUCCAUUGCAAAGAACAAAAAACAUGAGAAAAAAUGCGUAAAUGAUAAGAUUGGAGUUAUUACUGACGUCGCCGGUAUCUCAAAUUGGACCUGUGCCGCUUAUCCCAAUGGCACCACAUUUUGGAAUACCACCUACGUUGAGUCAUUCAUGAUAAAUGAUCGUAAUAAUUUCCAAUUUGAUGGAAAUUGUAUCAUCGGUCGUCAUUACUUCACCGAAUUUCCAAUCAACGGAGGAUUUGCAGUAUACCAAUCGUUGGUACCCGGUGACGAUUCGAUACUUUACGAAAGACCGUUAGUUCGCUACAAUUCACCCGAUGGUCCAGAAAACCUACAAUGGAUUCUGAUAGAAGGAAGGCAACCAGUAGGAAAAGGUGCAUUCUCAGAUAUCACCUAUGCACUUCGACUCAAGACCAAAGGUGGAAAUCCACCCA